AAGGAACGUGUUGUCAAUACCCUGUCAUCUGUCAAGUUGUCAAAAUAUACAAGUGACACGUAACUUUAUGUAAUUAAAUUACCUAUUUAUGACCUCCAAAUGUGUGAAAACGUGAAAAUUUUCUCAUCAACCGGUCAAUAAUAUAGUUAACAACAUGUCAGAUAAAAGUUUCGGCGACUGUCCGAGCAGGAACGUUGUGAAAAACCCGCUUUUGUCCACCGCCGUCACGGGACUAUCAAUUGAAGACUUGACGCAUAACGCGGUUUUAAUUCCCGUUGCGGCUACCCAGGGACUGAUCACGAGAUCAGAACACCAAAUCGGGUCCAACAAUCGUACCCUGGGGCACUCCGACCAUGAUUUCACGAACUUCCCGUCCGGCGAUUCUAAUACCAACGUAUUUGCACCCCAAACCACCGUAUCAGCUCACCCAUUACCCGUAGACAAUCAACAGCCAUUGCAAAACGAAAAAAAACCUGAAAAAAUGAUACCAAGCGUAUCGAAAGCCUCACUAAACACCGAAGACGACUUUGACGUUAACGAAUAUUUCGCCCGAUUACACGGAACCCGUUACGUUAGCGCUCCCAUAAAUAGUAAUCCGGAUGAAAACGCUAACUUAGACGCUGAGGAGAACUUAGAAGAGAUUAACUUAAACGACGAUAAAGUUACAGAGCCUCAACAGAGUCUGACGGCAGAUAUAGCGCAGAAUUUCUCCCAAUUACCGACCGUUUUGCCUCAUGUUGCUAGCGCGGUGUUCAGCUCGUUUUCCAAUAUGCUUAGUUAUAAAAGUAGGGAACAGACCCCUGAUGAUAGGCAGCAGGAGUCCUUCCAAACUGGUGCAGGCCCAGUUGGUUCAGGGUUUGUUGGGCAGAGUCUGUCUGUUGAUGCGGCGUUGGUGGCUGAGGAAACGCCUAAGGAUGUUGCGCCGCCGCCUAAGGAGAUUGGGAAUGCUGGUGCAUCCAACUUCAGAAUAACAUCGAAAAAGAGAUACGCUCAAAUACCAGGCUUGAGUUCAGGCACCAAUUUCGAAACUUUACAGAAAAUUGAACUCAAUCCCCUAACGAAAAACGUUACAAAUUACUUUGUACCCUCAUACGAGGAAAAAGCCGAAGAGCCCACAGGAGCACCGUCUCAAACGACUGAACCGCCCAAACAUGACACUUAUGAUAUUUUCAGUCCAAAACCCGAGGCUAAUGCAAGCGAUUUUCAAUCUAAUGCCUUUAAUAUUACUAUGGAUAAUGAUUCGAAAUCGUUUGACGAACGCUUGCCUCCACCAACGUCAUACGCUACGCAAGGAAAUACAACGAUUCCUCCACCACCAAUGUUCUCUUCUCAAAGAACAUCUUCACAGUCAGCCAAGUCUGUACUUCCCCCGUCAGUAGCAAGGCGAAUUGGAUCUAAUCACCCAGUAAUAAAGCCUCAAACUGUCCAAACGUUUAACACUGAAAAUAUAUUUGUGCCAACAUUUGACCCAACGGCCUUUUCCAAUGAACCAGCUCAAGCUAUAGGAUCUUCGUUCGGCGAAACACAUUCCCAAUCGUUUGAUAGCCAAAUUGUAACCCAACAGCCAACGUCUCAUAGCCAAGAUGCUGCAUUAGCCAACGUGCCAAGUAUACCACCUCCAGCUCAAUUCACGCAACCAACUUCAGCAUUCACCGCACCGCCAACAUUGCCACCACCGCCUUCAAACAUACCAACCAACCUACCAGCACCUCCAAUGUUUGCGCCAACACCACCAUCAGCUGCAUCAAUAUUUACGCCUCCAAAACCAGAGGAUGACUCAAAAUCAGCUACGGAAUCUGUACCACCCAACAUUUUUGCGCCAACACCACCGACGCAAGUCCCACCAGGGCCAAUAAAACCGCCAACUAUAGGACCCCCGCCAAGUAUUGGACCACCGUCAUUCUUCAGUCCACCUCCAGUGGAACCACCAACUCUUUACAGUGCAGAUAAUAAACAGUGUCAGUCACAUGUAUCAGAGCCUCCCAAGCCUUUGGCAGAACCGCCAAAAGCUACAGGAACUGUGAAUUACAGGCUCAACAAGAAACGGCCUCAAUAUUAUUCAGGACCCAUCGAAGGCGUUGGAUCUAUCAGUAACAGUGUGAAACCUAUCAUAGCUCCAGUCGAUCCAGUAACAUUCCAUGGAGCUAUGUUCACACCAGAACAGCCAGCUGACUUAAACGUGCCAUCUUCAGUUCCAUUUGAUAUAAGUAGCCCAGCGGAAACUGAACCUUUAGUGCCUCCGGAUAGCGCUCAAACUCUCAUAAACGCACCAACUCCAGUUUUUGAUAUAAGCCAGACGGCUCCAUACCAGCAUUUUGAUAUUGUUAAUCCUGAACCGCAGACAGCAUAUAAUACAGCCUUCGAUCUGAGUCGACCAACAACAGAAAACUAUGAACCAGUGGAACAGAAAGAAUCUAAAGGCUUCGGUAUAAUUGGGUCACUAAAAUCUAAGUUAAGCAGCAUAGACAUCAAUAAGAUCCAACAUAGCGUGACGACGUUCUUCGAUCCGGCUUACAAUGUCACACCGAAGCAAGAUAACACUGCACACCAAAAUGUGCCUUAUGGCACCAAUCCUUAUCAGCCUCAGACGAAUCUGGAAAUAUUUGUGGCAAACCCACAGCAACACAGUCAAUAUGGCUACGAUUAUCAACAUCAAUCCUUGUAUUCUAACAAUGAGUAUUAUAGAUAUCCAAAUUUCCAAAAUCCUGGGCAACCUGGUGCUGGUCACUGUUCCAAUGAGCAUCAUUACCCAAGUCACUCGCACCAUCCACAAUCCUAUGGCAACAGCCAACAUGGAUUCGGGCAUCAACCAAUGAAUUCUAUGUUUCACUCUUCAAACGUGAAUACACCAGGAGAGAGUAUCAAAAUGAGUGUCGAACCAACUAAUGUCAACCACAAUGUAAUGUCUUUCAAAGAAACUCAGAGUUAUAAAGCUGAAAGGCAAAUGGAUGAAAAUGUAGCGAGAGCUGGACCUGAAGUUUCCAGACUUCUACAAAGCACUACGUCUAUAGAAGAACGUUUCGCUACAAAUUUCUUUGACAACCAAUACGUUAAUCCUACAGAACCUAUAAAACAAGCCCAUGAUACGCCUCGAGAAAUUCCACCAAUAGGGCAAGACAGGACGUUUGUAAAGGAUGCAUUUGAACCAAUCAAACAAGACGCUCAAAAUGUUGAACCAGUAGCGAUGUUCAAUCCGAACACUAUAAAUCUAUUUGCUAACUUGAAAAUUGAUAGCAAGGGUGAUGAUAACGAAACGACGAUGUUUACUAAAAGCUUUGAAAGUGAAGAGAAACAAAGCAUAUCAACUGAUGACGCACAAAGCGUAGAUAUAUUUGCUAAUGUUAAAAAUGAGAGUGACAAAUCUCAAGAAAGUGAAUCAAAAUUAUUCCCAGCUAUGGAUGCUAAAGCUAGUGUCCAAAGUUUCAACGAAGAUACGAAGCCUAACUUAUAUCCUUAUGAAAGGAAAGAUAUUAGUUCUUCAAAGGAUAAUUUACUUGAUUCUUUGACUAAAGAUGAUGCUACAAUCUUAGGUGUCUCAUCUGUACCAUUAUUUGGUCUUAGUCCAUUGGUUGUGGAACAAUCUAAAGAAGCUGUUGCUUCGGAAAUUAUCACAAAUGCACCUGAAAGAAAUGCAAGCACUAGUUUCUUUGACCAUUCACAAAAGUUAGAAGACUAUGGUGCUAAACACGCUGAUGUGUUAAACAGAAACGCUAGUUUCAGUUUCUUCGAAAAUAUCCCAGCGCCUAUACAAGACGAGAAACGUGAAUCAGUUUCGGACAUCAAAAUGACAAAUUUCUUCGAGAAUGUGAACGUUAUUGAUCAAAUUGUGAAAGAUGAUACUCUUGAUACUAAGGACGAUUUAGAAAAAGACAUUAAAACGGACAUUCAAAGUACAACACAAGAUGAAGAAGAAAAUGCUUCAGAAUUAAGCAUUUGCGAGACUUGCAGAGAAGUGAAUAAGCCAGAAGAUAAAGAAGAAGACCAAGAUGUGACGUCACAGCUUAUAGAAAACAUUACAGCUCCAAUACAACUAUCUAACCCAGUUGAGGCCACUCUAACUGAGACCCCUGUUUUAGAACCAGCUAGUACUGAUCAGGAGACCUUUAACGCUGGUCAAUUUGAAGAAAUAUCCCAUAUUACUGAAGAAACGAUAGAAACUAUACAAGUACAAUCUGCUAUAGAACUGCUUGAUGAUGUUGGUGAUAUAAAUCCUAUGAAUUAUGGUUGGAACGAAAGUGCACUAAAAGAAGACUACGAUUUCAAUAUCGAUCCUAAUCAGAUAGGGUUCUUCGGCAAGAAAUCUCUCUUCUUUGACAAAGGUGCUGCUACAGAAGAAAUUGAGAAUGAGAAGAAUUUGUUAGCAAGAGAAAUGAGCGUUCCUUCUGCGCCACCGGCUGAAGAAGAAGAAGAUUCGAAAUCUGAUGAGACUGGAGUUCUGGAUGUGAAUUCUAUUGAACAAGACGCUAAAAAGGACUUCCCUCUUUUCGAAGAGUUUGUUAUAGAACCUUCAGGAAACGAUGACGAUAAUUUUAAAGAACAGGAGAGGUCUGAAGGCGUCCUAGACUCGUUUACAGACAGAAUAGAAAAAUACAAAAGCUUAGAGCCUGAAUGCGAUUCAGCAAGUUAUUCCUUCUUCCAAAACCUUCACCCUAUAACCAUGACAUCAUACUUUGAUACGGGAAAUUACGCUGUUGAAGCCCACUACAGGAACUCGAAGUCGCGACCAGCUCCUACUUUGAGCAUACCACCAGGUUUUGAAGAAGAAUAUAAGAGAAGACUAGCAUUAGCUAUACAGAGAGAAGAACAGUUGAGGAAUGAAAUGGUUGUAGUACCUGAUACUGCUACUCAAACGAAGACUACAUCUGUGGCUACUUACUGUUCUUCUAGAAUGGCUGCUAGCUACAACUGCCCCCCUCCCCCUGUAGGGUUUAAUAUUGAGACUAAUUUGUCCAACAUAGUUAGAGAUGAAGGUGAAAUUACACCAGAAAAUGUAACACCAGCCGUAUUAACUGCAGAUGAUGAUAAACCACCGGAACGUACAAGCGAUAAUGAGACUAAACUACCUGAAUUUGCGAACGUUUUCGGUUUAAAACCGGUUGAUGAUAUAGAAGAUAGGAAAGAGCAAGAAUCUACAGGAGAUUUGAAAAUAGAUGAACAGAAAGUACUGCCGACAUUCCAAGCGUUUGCUGCUAGCAAACCUGAUAAUGAAGAAAAACAUGAAGAGAAACUACCGGAUCCAAUAAAUUUCUUUACAGACACAACUGCGAACGAUCCUCCCGAAACAUUCAGCCGCCUAGCUAGCUAUUUCAGUACCCCACCUAAAACAGAACACGCGAAAUCUUUUUUUGAAUUAAGCCAAAGCCAAAACCACUAUAGGCACGCUACUACAGAACAAAAAACUAAAAUUAACAACUUAAUCAAAGACUUAACAUCGGUUCAAAAUUUAACUCCGAACAAAGAUCAAAAUGUUAAACAAGUAAAUUAUUUCACAAUAGAAUACGACACCGUGUUAUCAGAAUUUAAACAUGAUGAAGUUUUUAAUAAAGAAUCGGCGGAUACGAACGAAGAUGUGAAUUUAGAUAGGCUUUUUACAAAUUGUAGGUAUUGUACGGAAAUUGUGAAUACUAGUUUUACUUUUAAGACUGCUGUUAAUGAGACAGCUGAUCAAGGGACUAAUACAGCACCGACUAAUAAUAAUAUGGAACCCCAGAAAAGGGCCGGUCGUGGUUCCGUAACUGUCAAUUUCGACGGUGUCGCCAUACAAGAAGAUAACAAUGACAGCCUUUUGGGCGAAGCUGAGAACCGCUCAGCAACAGAAUACAGUCCAGUUAAGCAUCAUUGGUUUUAUCGAGUGGACGUAGAAGAUAAAUCAAUAUGGAGAGGAUUCUCUGUAUUAGACUCCAGGGCUCUCGAAGACGCGUUUUUGAACCCGGACCUCAAUGAAAACACAAUGGUGCCUACAGAUGGUGGUAGAUAUGAUGUAAAUGUCGUUGGCAGACUAAGAAUACCAGUAUACUGGACGGACAAACCAACAAAUGUCAGGAGAUGCAGUUGGUUCUACAAAGGUACUACCGAUGCCAGAUAUGUGCCUUAUACUGAAGCUGUUGCUGAAAAACUUGAGGAGGAAUACCGCCACGGUAUGACGACGGCGGAGUGGCACAGACGUCUGGUGUUGCCCAACGGCGAGGUGGUGGUGAUGCACGGGCCCAGCGUGAUGGUGCACUUCCUGCACAGCGACAAUGCAUUCAGUACGCCGCCGCUAUUUUCCUUCGGUAAGCGUGUAUAUAGGAACCCUCCCAAGAUCAGAGUGUCGCGCGACCAGCCUGCGAGGAUCGACCACCUGAUAUUCCUUGUCCACGGCGCCGGAGAGUACAAGUGUCAGAAGGAAAAGAUUCAGUCCAGCUCCCGUCCCCGCGUCGUACGGCGAGGCCACGACGAGUCAGAGAUCGAGGACACGGAGCCCUCCAGCAUCGACCACCUGCUGCUGCUGUGUCACGGAGUCGGGUCCGCCUGCGAUAUGCGGUUCCGGUCUGUUGAGGAAGUCGUGGAAGACUUCAGAACGACCAGUCUGCAGCUGUUGCAGUCUCACUACAGGAACUCGUACGACCAGGGCAUCGUCAGUAGAGUUGAGGUACUCCCCAUAUCGUGGCACGCGACCCUCCACUCCGGCGAGACGGGCGUGGACCGCCGUCUCUCGCAGAUCACUCUAGACAGCAUCCCGAGACUGCGCAGCUUCACAAACGAGACUGUACUCGAUGUACUCUUCUAUACCAGUCCUGUGUUCUGUCAGACAAUCCUAGACACCGUAUGCAAAGAACUGAACCGUAUCUACGAGUUGUUCCUACAACGUAACCCCAACUUCAAAGGCGGGGUCUCGCUCGGGGGUCACUCGCUGGGCAGCGUCAUACUGUACGAUCUGCUGUGUCAUCAGAAUGAAGUAUCCACGGACUCCCAGCCAGGGUCGGACAAGAGCUACGUGCGGGGCCCGGCGGGGACGGGGCAGCCCACCGUCCGCUACCCGCAGCUACACUUCGCGCCCGCCGCGCUCUACGCACUCGGCAGCCCUAUUGCAAUAUUCGAGUGCAUCCGUGGCGUGGAGUCGCUAGGCGCUAGUUUCUCGCUGCCGACUUGCAAGAACUUCUUCAACAUAUUCCAUCCAUACGAUCCUAUUGCUUAUAGAAUCGAACCCCUAAUAAACCCGGUGCUACGAGAUCUGAAGCCCUACCUCAUUCCGCAUCACAAAGGCAGGAAGAGAAUGCAUUUAGAACUAAAAGACACGAUGGCGCGAGUGGGCGCCGACUUGAAACAGAAACUGGUCGAGUCGCUGCGUAGUACUUGGAACAAGUGGAAGACUCCGCCACCCACUGACGGACAGUUGGAGAAGGUGGUAGAAGAAGAAUUGGAGAAGGAACAGUUGACGGACGAAAUCAAAGAAGAAUUAGCUAGAGAAACUGAAUUGGCAACCCCAGAAAAGCUGGGUCGCCUGAACGGCGGGCGGCGCAUCGACUAUGUACUGCAGGAGGCGCCGCUAGAGAUGAUCAACGAAUAUCUAUUCGCUAUGAGCAGUCAUGUCGGUUACUGGGAAUCAGAAGACACAAUGCUGCUUAUACUCCGCGAGAUAUACUCCGCGCUGGGCGUGCAGCCUGACUCUACUGUACCGCAGCAGAACAUGACUGUACAGCGGACCAGGCCGGUCCGACAGGAUGAAACAAUAAUCGUGAAUAAUACAGACUUUCCAUCAACGAGCCGUGAUGCAAUAUGAGAAUGUUGUUUAGAAAAAAAAUAGUUUAAUUUUUUUUAUAUCGUACUUUGUACAUGGUGUUUAAAGAAAACCAUUUUUCGAUAUUAUAGAAAUAUUUAUUAAGAGUUUAAAAUACUCGAUAAUUUCAUUAUUAUUAUAACUUGAGACAGUGAGACAUACUAAAUUAAUUAUUAUGUUAUCGGCUUACUCACGUAACUGUUUGACGAGGAACUCGACUAGUUUCAAGCCAUGCUAGAGGCUCAUAUUCAUGAGCAGCAUUCCACGACACGAUAGCCUUCCUUACCGAAACCAAAAGGCAGGCAAGUGGCAACGCACUUGUAACGCCUCUGGUGUUUCGGGUGUCAAUGGGCGGCGGCGAUUGCUUACCAUCAGGUGAUCUGUCUGCUCGUUAAACUAAAAAAAAAUCUAUGUAUUUUUUUCGGGUUUAUUUAAAGGUCGCAUCGUAUAAUGGUUUUCUUUAAAUAUUAUGUAUAAUUAUAAUUAUUUAUACAUACAUACUAACACUAAUACAUUGUAUACUAUGUAUUUAGCGAAAAAAUAAUGCAUUUUUUCUCUCUCGUAUCUAUAUUUUUUUGGUUAUAUUCUGAAAAAUAAGAGAUUUUUUCGGAUUAUUGUAAAAAAAUACGUUACGUAGAAUCUAUUUGAUUGGAUUUUCUUGACGGUUAUUUGGAAAAAAAUAUAUUAAAAAUUAAAUUUUUUCCAUUAAUAGGAAAAAAUAAAUAAAAAUUUUGGUUAUUUUCCAAUCAAUAGUGUUUAGCAUUAAUUUUUUUGUUGAUGAUAUUGAGUUCAGGAUUUAAUUUUGUUAUUUUCUGCUUAUUUUUAAAAUUUUCUAUGAAUUAUGUGGAACGUAAACAGUGAUUUUGCAUAAAAAUAUGAGAAAAAAAUAAGCAGAAAACUAUUAAUAAACGAGAAAAAAUAAAAUUAAACGAAAGAAAAAACAACGUAAAAAAUGCAGUAUUUAAUUUCAACAAAACAUAAAAAAAAAUAGUAAAAAAAAUAUUUAUGAAAAAAAAUCUACAAACUGUAAAUUAUUUCAACGAGAAAACAGAAAUAUUUUUUUGUUAAAUUUUUCUUAAGAAUAAUCAGUUAUGCUCUGUGGUAAUAAAAUAUAAAUAAAUAAAAAAAGAAAAAAAUAAUGUUAUUUAUUAAAAUAGCAUUAUUUAUUAAAAUAAUAAGAUUCCAACAACAAUAUAUUUUAAAACACUGUCCAAUAGACAUCACCAGCUUUUUAAGUUAAAAAUCUAUAAUCCCCAUACUUGACAAACAUCUUGGGGAUUGAAGUUAGCCUUAAUAUGUCCACUGCUGAACAACGACCUUUCUCUUUAUGCGAGAAAUUAAUAAUCCCCACACUUGACGAACUACUUGGGGAUCGCAAUUUUAUCACUGAAUGCUUCCCUCGGUGACUAGACACAGUUAUAGGACAUCUUAUUGUAUCUAUUAUUUUUUUUUAAUUUUCUUUAUCUAUGUAUAUCAAGAUCAUCUGAUCUCUCGAACGACUAAACCAAAUUUGAUAAGAGCAUUUUCAUUGUUUUUCACAUUCUUUUUAAAAAAAAACUUAAAUAAUAGGGCUUAAAAACCUGUAAAAAAUUCGUGAAUACCUCCCCCCUACACUCCUACAGCCCCCUACAUCCUAUAUAUCCCCACUGCUGACUAAACACCUCUUCUCACACGGAGAAGGUUUGAGCAUUAAUCACCACGCUUGCUCAAUGCGGGUUGGCGAUUACAAACUUAUAAUUAGAAAUUAUAAGCCCAGGUUUCCUCACGAUGUUUUCCUUCACCGUUUUAAUAGUUUUUUUUUUAUAUAUUAUAAAAUUGGACAGUAGUUUUCUUAAUAUAUUGUUUUUAAUAUAACUUUUAAAUAUAUUUAAAUAUCUGAUUAACUCAAAAACUGAUAUGUUACGUAAUUUUAAAUCCCCAAUCAUCCUAAUCCCCAACAUUUUGGUUUCUUCAGUCGAACAAUAGGGAUGAUGACGGGGUAUGAAAAUUAAAAAUCUAUUCAAUCCGUCAGUUAGGUAAUGAAAAAAUAUUAGACACGUAUUUUUUAUUUUGUCGUAUAAGAUAACAAUACUUACAUAAAACGAAUCAAAGUUUAGGAGUGGGAGCGAAAACGUCAUUUCUACGUAUAAAACGUACCUAGAAGUGACGUUACGCGAUAUUUCAAAUCGAUAUUAUCUUCGAAAGUAUUUGUUUCCGUAAGAAAAUAAAAAAUACGUGUCUAAUGUUUUAAAAUAAUCUACAAGACGGACAUUAAAAUAAAAAUUACUCAUCUAUCCUAUUGCAAGCGCGAUUGCCGAUCUUAAAAAUAUUGUAAAAUUUUCAAACUCUCAAUAUUAGAAGGAAGGAGUUUAGGAUUUAAAACUCUUAUAAUGAUAUUUAAAAGUUAUAUUAAAAUCAUACUCAAAACUAGGGCGACUGAAGUAUUUUGAGUUUUUUUGAGUCGGGCAAAUUAACAAAAUUCUACUCCUGACUUUGUGUGAGGCGAGAGGGAGUGUCAGACUCUUACUGUCUAAAAACCACCCCGUUCCUACUCCUGCUUUUCGAGCCGGAGCCCCGGUAACUUUUUGCCCCAGAAAUUUUUAUGCCUAAGAUAUUAAAAAAUGCUGAAGCAAGUACAAAGAGGAGAUGCCAUAAUGUGAUUGUGCACUGUGACACAAACACGGCCCUGUCCAAUGAUAUUAUAAGUAAAAAGGUGUAGAUAGGUUAUAAGCGCUCAGAAAGUGGCACAUUAAAAUGUGGACAAUUGGCAACGUGUUUAUAGUAUGGGACCGCUAGAUGGAACAUAGAGAGGGGCGUGGUUUGUAACGUCCCGCGCUCCCCGUAAAGUGUCACGCGUUAUGUUAAAGGGAAAUACAGUUAUGACAUCUCCUCUUUGUAUUUGCUGAUUUUCCCUGUUUUCCUGCUUUUCUCUUGAUUUUUUUCUGAAUUUUCUAUAAACCUCACGGAGCCCGAGACCUUUCCAACGAAUGCAAAACCGUGGAAAUUGGUUCGUGCGUUCUGGAGUUAUAGCGUCAGGAAGGAAAACCCGACUUAUUUUUAUAUAGGCUCAAAAUAUUUCAGUCGCUCUAACACUUAUAUACAUGUAAAUUAUAGGUUAUAAAACAUAUUAUGUAAACAAUUUCGGCCAUUCAAAUUCUGGAGGUAAAAUAAAAAUGAUAUUUUUUUUUGUAUUUAUUCAACCUCUUGUUUUCAUUUCAACAAUUUUUUUGUUAUUAUAUUAUUUAGCUUUAAAUAUUUUCAUUAUAAAGUGUAUCCAUUACCAUUUAAAAUUACGAAAAGAUUAUUGGUAAAUUGACGUUAAAUUAUUAAUAAUUGACUAAAAAAAGUCCUCUUCUUGUCAGAAUUUUAUGAAAUAUCAGUAAAGCAAAAAUUUUCAUAGUGGCAGUUUUUUCAUUAAAUAAAUUAAGCUUUGAUUUUUUUAUGAUUACUUUUUUGGGAACGCACAAAUUUUCGUCAUCUACCCGUUUACGUAGGGGAUAGGCAGAAGUAACACGACGAAGUCAAAAAAUUAAGGUUUUUUAUAAAAAUAAUGUCAAUUUAUCAAUAAUGUUUUUAAACAAAUUCUCUUUUUUUCAUCACACAUUGACAUAAAAUUUUGAUUCUUCGAUUUUUGGCGUCAAAUUCUUGUCUGUAGAUAUUUUUUUACUAAAAUUAGUUUAUCAGUAAACGCAAUGUCAAAAUUAUAGUUAAGGAUCGGUUCAUAUCUGACGUAAAAUACGUCGAGCGCAUCAUCGGUCGUACUGAUGUAUCAUCGGUUGAGUGUGAACGGUCAACUGUUUUUCUAUACAUUUGUCUGUUCUGGCGUUACGCGACCGAUGAUACGCGACGCAUGUUCCGUCAGAUAUGAACCCACGCUAAUUUGAUUUUUUGAAUUUUAUACGAAGUCACAAAUUAUUGUAAUCGUUGUUAAGGUAAGCGUCCACAGACCCGCAUCGUACGCAUUCCGUAUGACGUCAUCAGUACGCAUCGCAUGUAGGCAUUGCCGAUGAUGCGGUCCGUACGAUGCGGAUCAGUGGACGCAGUUGUAUGAGUUUCUAUACAAGACAAACUAAAAUCCGUUGCGUGCGAUGCGCACGAUGCGGGCAUGUGGACGCUUACCUUUAUCAAGAUAAAUUAACUGGAAACAUAAUAUAAAAAUCAUUUCAUAAUCAAAUCUACUUAUUUCAUGAUUAUUUGUAAUAAAUAAAUGAUACAAAUAAUAGGUUUAUUAAUUACACAGCAAAAUAUUUUUCUAAACCAUUUUAAAGUGUUUGGCGCCAAUUUUUACGUCAAUGUCAAAAUAUGAAAACUUCAUUUUUGAGGUUAUGUUACGUUUAGUUCUCGUUUCAUACAUUCUUUAUUUAUAGUUUUAGUGAAAAGCUAAUAGAUUAUUCCAAGCCCUAUUUAUUUGAAACGACAUUAUUGUUAUAUUAUUUUUGUUAGGUUACUUUCAUUAUAAUAUGUAAACCACAAUCAUGUGAAAGAACUAAAUUGUUAACUUAAAUAAAGUUUAUAUUUUACUA